AUGAGUAAAAUUGUAAGACAACGUGUUAGCAUGCAUGACGAAUCAACUACUCUUUCUUUAUAAUCGAAAAGUGUAAAUAAAAAGAGUAAUUAUAUAUCAAUAAUCAAUAGAAAAUACCCAUCGUAAGCGCUAACCUAUAAAAUAAUUGAUUUGUAUUGUGUCAGUGCCAAAAUCCGUUGGAGAAUAUGUCUAUAUUAAAGCCGAUGUAGAACUAAAGUUAGCUCUUUCUUAUAUUCCUGAUCACUGUUUAGGCAAUCUAAAAGAAACCCCUUGCACCUAUAACCACAGAGUUACUAGAACUGACUAACUUGAUGAUGUCUAUUUUUAUACUCUCGAACUUCUCGACCAAGACAACUAUUCCAUCGAACAAAUCGUUAAUCUUCUUUCUCAUAAAGAUGAUCCAUGUGCUAAUUUGGCAAUCCAGCUUGUAAAUUAAAGAUUUAAUAUACUAAAUGAAUAUACACAACAUUACUAUAUUUCAAAUGAAGAAUUAUUAGAAGUUGAACAGAUAGCUAAAGAUUACCCAUAUUAAUGUAUAAUUCAAAAAGUGAACAAGGAUAAUAGUUCACUAUCACAAAGAAUAGUCAAUGAAUAGUUUUAUACACUUAUGGGAGUCACUCCAGAUAUGAUGUUUAAUCAUCUUCAUGAAACUAAAACUCUACCAUCAAUAUUUGAUAUUGGUGGUUCUUUAAAGAUGUGGUGUGAUCUCACUAUUGGAUCCAUUUCAAGUGUUUAGUAUUUUGAUUAAUAUAUAAAUACAUAUGAAGGAGCUCAAUACAAAUGUAGAAUAGAGUAAAGAUAGAUGUUCAAAAGAACAUAAGUUAAUCCAAAUUAAAUUGUCUUUAUAGAGUUCUGGAUAUUCAAAUUGGAUGAACCAUUAAAAUCCUAUCUAUUAAAUCCUUAAAGACUCUACAUAAAUUAGAUAGACUACUUUAAUAAAAAGAAUACAGAGGAAGAAUAUCAACUAUUCUAAAAAUCAAUGAAAUAUAAAGAAACUCCACACUACAAAAAUUCAUAACCUUGUGGUUACAAAUUACUACCUUGGAUCUGA